GGGAGGCAGAAAAGGGAGAACACGCGUGUCGAGUGCAGUCUUGUCGCGCAUUCACCGCGCUCCACAGCUUCCUCCUGAAGUUCGUACCAGUGGUCAUGUUCGCGACAAUUUUGCCCGCGCUUUUAUAAAAUCAAAGUCGCGUUCCUAUCAACACACAGAAGCAGUCUGAAUGCGGAACAAAAUAAUCGGACGGAUGAACAGUGACAAUAUCUGGUGCAUCGACGACAUUUCACUUUGGAACACGUGAACGAUACAGAAAGAUCUUUCGUCUCUUCAGCACCCUCGCUGUCACGUUGUGCGUUACGGGCUCGUCUAUGGUGAACUAAUCGGCGAGCGUUCGAGCGUUGAUACCCACUCCUAGUACAGGAUAAGCUCGCACCAUGGAAGUAUUGAUGCACGAGGCGAGCAAUGGUCAGGGAAUGAACCCAGCUGGUUCGCCCAUUCACGUCGUGGAAAAGGAGCCGAUUAAACAUAAGCUGGAGAGCAAAGAAAUCAACAGCGAGACGGUCCGUUUCAUGAAAACCGACACGGUGGACACCAUCGACAUCAUGUUCGAAAACAUCACGUACACGGUGUCUCUUGGCUGCAGAAAAGGUCGGAAAGAGAUCCUGCACGGGAUAGGUGGAAGACUUCCAGCGAAGCAGUUGAUCGCGUUGAUGGGGCCAUCAGGCGCAGGAAAGUCGACCUUGUUGGACGUUCUGUCGGGAUACAGGAUAACCGGGGUGAAUGGUAACGUCUACAUCAAUGGACGACUUCGACAGAUGAAUUCUUUUCGAAAGUGCAGCGCGUACAUCACUCAGGAUGAUCGCCUCGAGCCUUUGUUGACGGUCAUCGAGAGCAUGAGAGUGGCCGCUGACCUCAAACUCCCAACGAAGAUUCCGCAAUACGAGAAGGAAACGAUAAUCGAGGAGAUCUUGACGACAUUGGGUUUGUACGAGCACAUGAAUACGCGAGCGGGAAGAUUAAGCGGAGGUCAGAAAAAGAGGCUGUCCAUUGCUUUGGAGUUGGUCAAUAAUCCGACCGUUAUGUUCCUCGACGAGCCAACGACAGGUCUGGACAGUUCGUCUUGCAUGCAAGUGGUAAAUCUGCUGAAGCUGCUUGCGCGACAAGGAAGGACGAUCGUUUGCACGAUUCAUCAGCCGAGCGCGUCUCUCUUCCAGCUUUUCGAUCUGGUAUACGUAUUGGCGAAAGGGGAGUGCUUGUACCACGGCACAACCAGCCAAUUGAUCCCUUACUUGAAGGACAUAAAAUUGCCGUGUCCCAUGUAUCACAAUCCAGCCGAUUAUGUUAUCGAGUUGGCGUGCGGCGAGUACGGAGAAGAUAAAGUAUCGUUGUUGAUAUCUGGCACGGAGAAAGGCAGGAGCUUGAAGUGGUUCGAAAAUCGGAAUGAUUUGUUGGACGGGAAAGCUUUGAGAGCAUUGCAUCCCCUCAAAAAGAACGUCGACGCGAACGGUAGCAGUAGCCUCCAAGCCACCUCGUUGAUGCAUCAAAUUCGAAUCUUGGUGGCGAGGGGUUUUCUGAUGUGUAAAAGAGAUACGACGUUAACGCAUUUGCGAAUUAUAGUGAAUGUGUCUGUCGGUUUCAUGCUUGGCUCGGUUUUCCUCGAAACUGGCAUGGAUGGCGCCAGAGUUUUAGAAAACUAUAAUCUACUCUUUUCUGUUCUUAUACAUCACAUGAUGACCACAAUGAUGCUUACUGUAGUUACUUUUCCGAUGCAAAUGAACAUCCUGCUGAAGGAGCAUUUCAACAGGUGGUACAGCUUGAAGGCAUUUUACACGGCCUUGACCGUGGUCGACUUGCCGAUUACGAUAUUCUGCUGUCUAACUUUCACCAUAAUAGUAUACUUGAUUACGUCCCAGCCGUUAGAGAUUUAUCGGUUUUUGAUGUUUUUCUUUAUUAGCCUGCUGGUAGCUUUCAUAAGUCAAGGUACCGGCCUUAUGAUCGGAGCAGUAUUCAACGUAAUCAACGGGACAUUCAUCGGACCAACGUUGUCGGUACCAUUGAUGAUGUUUGCUGGAUUCGGUGUAUCGUUGCGCGACAUACCGAGUUAUUUGAGAUGGGGGACGUACGUCAGUUUUCUACGAUACGGCUUGGAAGGAUAUAUUGGUUCCAUAUACGGGAUGGAUCGGCCGGUCUUACCGUGUAAACAGAAGAACAAUUUAUACUGCCAUUACAGAUACCCAGCGAAAUUUCUUUCCGACAUCGCGAUGGACGCCGAACAGUUUUGGAACGACGUUAUAGCGCUGGUUGCGAUACUCGUAUUGACACGAGUCGCGGCUUACCUAUUUCUUAAAUGGAAGAUCGCGUCUGUGCGAUAAAUUUAUUAGGAAGAUUCACAAAUCAAUGUCGAUGCAUUCCUCGCGAAACGUUUUCCGAGUAGCUUCGUUUUAUCGUGAUAUCGAUGAAUGACUGUUUCGGCAGUCGUUUAACGGGUAACACCGCUCUAGAGGUUGAAAAAAAGCCCUAACUUUGAUAAUUAAUUUUGAGAGUAUCGCAAAACGAAUAGGAUUUCUUUUUACGGGGUUUAUUUGACACACAUUGAAGUAGAAACAAAAAUUGUUGUUUUAUCAUUUUAGUACCAAAUAACCUUUCGCGACAAAGCGAGUCUCCAGAAUGACUUUUUUUUAAACGCCUUCACAGAAGGACGGUUUUUUCGUUGAGUAUAAAAUCUGGAACAAAUAACCAAAAACUUUUAUAAUCUAUAUACUGUUGGCUAUAGAAGUACGCAGGGUUCUUCUUUAAGAAUCAAAUAAUGUAGAAAUUGCGCAUUAACCCAUUUCUUGGUAAAAAAAAAAAAUAAAUAAUAAAUUGUUACGUACUUCUGUAAGUAAAAAACUGCUACGUACUUCUAUAGCCAACAGUACAUAUGUCGUAAAAUGUAUUGGUUUUCUGUUCCAAAUGUUAUACAGAGCGAGAAAACCGUUCUCCGAUGAAGGCGUUUUAAAAGAAAGACAAUUUUGGAGACUCCCUUCAGCGCGGCCAUUUUGUAUCGAAAUAAUAAGACAACAGUUUUUGUUUAUACUUCAAUAUGUGUUAAAUGAACCCUGUAAAAAGAAAUCCUAUUCCUUUUGCGAUACUCUCAAAAUUAAUUAUCAAACUUAGGCUUUUAUUUCAGCCUCUAGAGUGGUGUUACCCAUUAAUGUUGUGACGUGAGAAAAACAUUUACGAACAGACUAAUACUUCAUUAAACCUGUUAUGUUAAUGCAAUUGUAAUUAAGCGAUAUGAAUGUCACUUAGUAUAGUCAUAGAGCGUGGCAGAACUGAUAAAACCGAGUUUUUUCUAGGUGUGUAAAUAUAGACCAUUUUUUACAAAUUGUUCUUUAAAGAUUAGGAAAUAUUUUAUAUGCUAUAUGAACGUCAUUUUAUCCGAGCAUGUAUAUCUCGCGUAAAAGUUGGAGUAUCAAGGUGGCAUAACACCUUACAGAGAGGUAUUACUGUAUAUACUUGUUACGCAAUUUAAAUGCAAAUAUCAACUACCCGGUGCAAUGGAUUUCGAAGGUUGCACAUUCGGAAACACGUGGUACAAGUUCUGAAGUGAAUAGGAAUAGGAAGAAGAAUACUAAUUUCUUCGGAAGUUAAACGUGAUAUUCAAUAAUUACUUAACGAAAGUCAAUUAACAAAAUACGAAACGAUUGGUUUCCAAGUUGCACAUGUCUGUGCAUAUACUUUCGUAUGUAACUACAGGGUUUUAACAUUAUUUAAGACUCAUUUUCUUCGUAGCUUGUAAUUUACCGUUCUCCCAUUUCUUCCAUUCGUGCAUACCGCAUAUUUAAGGUAUUUUUAUACGAUUAUUUUGUUAACAUUUUUAUAUCGAUGGGACCAGAAAUAUAGUUCACCAGUUGAGACCGAA